AUGGCCUCAAAUGCCAAUUCAACAUUCUCCAGCCACACCGUUACCGAAGCCAUCAAUGGGCCACUAUACAGGAAGGAUGGAAUCCUUAAAGCCAGCAGAGAUGUGCCACAUCUGGCCAUCUAUAGCUACCAGACCUACGACAAGCAACUUGAGAAGGGGGUCUGGGGGGCCUGCACCAAAAUUUUGGGCCAGACGUUUAAACAAAAAUUCCUUGAGUCCAGGACCGAGAAACAAGUAAUGCAAGGGUGGGAGCGUCGUUCCAACAACUUCGACCACGCCAACGAAAAAGCCUGCCUUGAUAGGCUCUCCAGCUCCUUCGAGGAAACAAUGGGCUGGACCUCACCGCCAGUGAGAUUCCUGAUUUUCGGGCUCCCAUCAUUGUUCGCGAGCGACGGUGCUGCAGCCCACGUCUUGGAUCGGCAACACCUAUUCACAUGCAAGAUUGUGGAUCAUCUUCUCGAAAGGCUGUACAGCACAUUCUCGACUGAGGGACGAACAAACAAGCCGCAGAUCAUCGUGGACUGCAACAACUACACCAUUGGCGACCGUCAUUUGGUUAAAGGCCUGUUUGAGGAGCAAGCCAAGGGCCUCUGCACAGUCCACAUGGCAACCGAAGCCGUUAUGCUCGACAAAGUAGCCGACACGUCCAAUUUCGUUCUGAUGUUCAAUCCGAAGAAUCCGCUUCGACAGGCCAUUGCGGACUAUCUCCAGCAUUCAGCUAAAUCGAGCGAUGAUCUCCCGUGGGCUGUCCUCUGCGCCCCAUGGUCGGUUGAUAAUAAACUAUCCGAUGACCCGCACUUUGAUGGAGACAGGAGUUCGACUUUCGUGAGAGACUGGCUGGAAAAUUACAAAGAAAUUCCUGCCACGGACGGGAGCCUGAAGGAAGGAGACUUGAAGGUCUUUGGAACGACUGUUUUGCAUCUAUACAAGCGCACUGCUAGGUACACACUGGGGGCGCUGCAGGAUCCGCCAGAAGGAGGCCAAGGCGAGUCUCCUAUGAUUCCUGGGGAAGCCAGGUCGGCAGAGUCCACAGAGUCUGGCGGAGCGCCAGCCCGUGGACAGCGUCCGUUCCCGGAUGUUCAACUGAUUGACAUUCCUGUUCCUCCCCCUCCAACUUGCUCUGACGCAGGCAAUAGGGCGGCUGGGUUUGGCGACAUGUAUAAAGGGUAUAAGUUUUACUCUGCCUUAAUCGAAUGGUUACUUCCUAAGGAUUAUACUGUACGAGAUUUCCUCCAACCGUAUGGCCGUUAUUAUGACCCAGUAGGUAUUAGCGAGCGACGGUUUGGUCGUGGCUCGCUUGUGGAAUUCUAG